AUGGGUCUUUUUCAUCGUCUGUGGACAAAGUCAACACAAUGCAAGGCCCUAGAACAGUCGAGCGGGAAAUAUGAGAUUCUAUUUUUCGAAUCAGUCUAUCGUGUUACUUAUUUUUCAGGAUGGGCUUAUUUAGAUAACAGUAUAAUAUACCGUAUGUAUAGUGGAAUACUAACACUAUCAGUCGGAUUUCUGAUAUUCUGUGAAGCUUGGCAACUCUUCAGUGCCUCCACCAGCUUAGACAGCGUCGUCGAAAACGUCAAUGCUACUCUUAUACAUUUCAUCGCUCUUUAUAGGUAUAAAAACAUGAAAGAAAAUAAAGUAAUUUACAGAAAACUAGCCUCGGCAAUGGAGUCACCUUACUUUGAUACUUCGACACCUAGACGAAAAGAAUUAGUAAGAUUUUGGUCUCAAAGAAACGAGAGAUUUUUAAAGUUAUUGCUGUGUUUGGGUGCUUGUACUUUAACUGCUUGGCAUAUUUAUCCAUUGGUGGAUGACAUAGAUUAUAAUUUAAUGGUAUCAGCCCGUUUUCCUUUUAAAUACCAAACACCUAUUCGUUUUCCGAUCGUCUAUGUUGUUGUACUAAUCGUUUUUAAUUACACUUCCCUCUUCGUUAUGGUUAAUGAUCUAAUGAUGCAAGCACAUUUGAUGCAUCUACUAUGUCAAUAUACUGUCUUAGGAGAUUGCUUUGAAAGCAUUAUUGACGAUUGUCUAGGAGAAAAAAAUAAGAAUGAUGAAAAACAUAUAAUUAUGACAAGUAAUUUUAAAGAAAAAUACUUAAUGAGACUCAACGAGCUGGUGGAGCAACACAAAUUUAUUUUAGACAACACGGCGGAGCUGAAACAAUCCUUAAGUGUGCCGAUGUUGGGGCAGCUGGCGGCGAGCACAAUGCUUAUAUGCUGUGUUAGUUACCAAGCCACUAGGGCCGCUGGACCGAACAAUGUGAAGUUUUUCAUGAGUCUCCUCUACUUGAUGUAUAAUUUAUUCGAAUUGUUCAUUUUUUGUAAGUGGUGCGAUGAAAUAAAAUUGCAGAGUGAAAAUAUCGGUAAUUCAGUAUACUGCUCGGGUUGGGAGCGAGGUCUGACAGCGACGCCAGGUGUCGGCGCGCGCCUGCUGCUAGUGGCGACUCGAGCACGCAGGCCCCUCGUACUUACAGCUGGAGGCCUGUUUGAUUUAUCGCUCGCUUCAUAUACAACUAUGGUGAAGACUUCUUACAGCGCCCUAACAGUUUUACUUCGACUACGUUAAAUUUCAUUCAGCGAAAUUAUUAUGUGCGUUUAUACUCGAAGCAAAAAUGGAAGUAAAAAACUUUAGUUACUGUUAAUACCGGUAACAGUGUUCUCAUGUUUAUCACAAUUGAAAUAAUUUUUUUGCUUAUAUAUAUGUAUAUUGUAGUUUGUUUAUUAAAAGUUUUAGUGGGCAAUAAA